AACGGAAGCUAUGGUUACCAGGGCCAUUUUUUAAAAGGCCAGUCAGUAAAAAUAGGACUUUUAUUUUGAAAUAUAUAUCGUAGUCAGCUGUGAGAACAACUUUUGAGUGGUUUAUGUUAGUUAGUAGCAGUAGUUCCACAUAAGGCGCAAGAUUCUGAAUGCCGCUCAGAAAUGCGGAUGAUCACUAAGUUUUGGGACGCAGCCAUUGUCUGAAGUGUGGGAGGUUGUGGCGCGUGUUGUGUUGAGUUGUUGCCUAACAACCUCUGCGUCUGCAGCGUCUUCACUCCCCAUCCGCUCCAUCUCCUCCUCCUCUAACAAAGUCUUUCUUCAUUUCCAUGCACAGAGAGCGGCAUAUUCGCUCUUGUGUUAUUGAUAAGAACUUCAUCUGAUAACGGCUUCUGUCUUUUUAUCAACUGCUGAGUCUGGUUUGGGAGAAUAUGAAUGUCAACAUCAGUAACUUUAUGGAGGAGAGAAAGGCGAACACAGAAGAAGCGCCUUACAUGGAAAUGAAGACAAGUUUUGGUAACAAGGAGAACAUCAAGCCUGCUAACAAAAAACAGCCUUCUCACCCCAAACAGACCAAAGAAGAGAGUUUUGGCCUCAGUUUACCUCUUGGAGAGGAAUAUGAAAGAAAAAAGCAGAAGUUAAAGCAAGAACUACGGCUUGAUUACCGACACUUUAUGUCUGAGAAAAAAAAUCUAAUUAUUGCUGAUCCACUUCCACAGUCCCACAUGCUGUCUCUCCCCAUAAAAGAACGGAGAUCAGCGAAGGAAAAGCUGCAGGAUGAGAGGAACAAGGAAUAUAAUAUGUUUCUCCGAGGGCAAGAGGGAGCACAGAAAAUAGGGAAAACUUCAACUACCCCACAGGCCCUGGAGAGAGAUCGUUUUGGCUCAAUUACUCCAAAGUACCCUGCUGGUUCUCUAGAGGUACAAACGCAAAAGUCCAGUCAGAACCCCGAGAACACCGUGUUCUCAAAAAGGGAUGUUGCCACUCUGACUGAGCCCAUUUCCGGAGUGGCUAAGGUAUCAAGGCCACGGAGACACUGGGGAGAGACGCCGGAUCGCUGGGGAGGCCCUCACAGAGAUCACACCAGUUCUGAUGAGGAGAUAGAGCUCCUAGAGAAAGAGAGGCACACAAAUGUACAGGAAGACACGGGCAAAACCAGGAGAGGAGGAAAAUAUGACAACAGCUCUCACAGACUACAAGCACCGACUCCAGCGCAAAGCAGAUCUGUCAACGAGCAGAACAUGACUGAGUUUGCAACAGGACUCAUGAUUGGUGCCACUGAAGGUGAUGAGGCCUCUCAGAGGAGGAAGGAACGGUACAGACUGGAGCUGCUACAGCAAAUAGCCGAACAACAGAAAAACAAAAGGAAGGAGAAGGAGCUAGAGUUGAGAGUGGCUGCAACAGGCGCUGUUGAUCCUGAAAAAAAGCCAGACAGAAUCAAACAAUUUGGUGCCGUGACCCGGGAACAUGAGGGCAGGAGAAGGGAUGUAUCCUACCACCCAGGGCUGGGUCUGGAGGAGUUCAGGGCUGACUCUGCCAGGCGGCUCAAAGAAGAGAGACGUCCACAGCCACCAAAGGAGACAGCACCCCCUGAGAGACCCCGUGUUGCUUUCCAGUCUCCAUCUCUAGACCACAGCACUGUCUUAAGCCAGCUGGCUAAUACACCAGGCCUUGGGCUGGAGGCUGGAGCAGGGUUUGAGGCCAAUGAUACAACCUCUGUUACUGAAGGCAAUCACAGAAGCCUCUCAAGAACCCUGGGGGAGAUAGUUGCCCCAAGAAUUACAGGUGCACGUCCUCAAUUGGGUCCCUCCCUCGCUGACUCCUAUCAAACUCCUUAUGAUAAUGCAUAUUACUAUUAUGGAGCUAGAAAUCCUCUAGACCCCAAUCUGGCCUACUAUGGACAAGCUGUGGGUCAGCAGGUACUCAUCCCUCCAGAAGCACAGUGGCCUGUUCUGCAGCCUCCGUCUGGAGGCCUCACACAAGCGAUGAACCAUGCUGGAGUUGUUCCAUCAGGACCAGCGUUCUUUCCUCCGGAGAGGCUGCAGCAGCCCAAGGAAAGUGCUGUUAGCUAUCAGGAAGCCCUUAAGCAGCAGAUUCAAGAACAACAGCAGAGACGGCAUCGCGAGAAGGUGGAAAAAGAGCUGUAUGAUGCUAAAAUAAAGGCUGAGAUGAAGGCCUACGAGCCCUGGGGAAGAGCUGGAGGAGGAGCCCCUCUUAGGGACGAUCAUGGAAACCUCAUCAGUGAUUUGAAACGAAUGCAUAAAACAAAUGUGGAAGCAUAUGAUUCCGGAGGCAGAGUAGCCCGGAUUCCAGUGGCUUCUAGAACAGAGCCUGCAGGUUUUUCCUCUUCCCAGCCAUCUGUGCAAGCCCGGGGUAACCUUUUCAAUGAACUGCCCACUCUGCAGCAGCUCCAUGAUCAGGAAAAGUACAAGGAUUGUUUGAAACAACAGAUCGAGGAAAAGAGAAGAAAGGAGGCAGAAGAGAGAGAGCGAUCUAGGCUCGAGGAAGAGAAAGAAGAGAGGCGGCUGGCCGAACAGCGAGCUCGGAUCCAAAGGGAGUAUGAGGAAGAGCAGGAGAGGAAGCGUCAGAAAGAAAAAGAGCAAAUGACCAAAAAUGAAGAGUUGAUCAGGCAAGCCGAAGAGCGUCGUAAAGAGGCUGAGAAAAUGAGAAAAGAAGCAGAGGAGAAGGAGAACGAAGCCCUGAGGAAGAAACAGGAGAGGGAGAAACAGACACAUGUGGAGGAGGUCCACAGGGCACCGUCACCACCCCUUCCAGCCCUGCAGAAGAAACUACGUCAGCAGAUGCCCAGACCUCCAUCGGUGGAGAGCCACCGCUCUUCUGCAACUCUGUCUAUGCGAUCAAUGUCAGCACCACAUUCUCCCCCAGUGCCUGCCCGCAGGAACGAGAUCAGGGCCACAGAAGAAAAGCGUACGGUGAUCAGGGAGUUAUCGGCCUUGCGUAGGCAGCUGCGGAGCGAACAGAGACGUCUGGAGGGAGAACUGAUGCAGCCUAACAGAAAUGAUCACACCCCUCCUGUUCACAGCAGGCCAAGAGAGCACCUCCCAGAGGAUGUUUUUGAAGUGGCGAGGCUAUGCAAACAAGUCCCCAUCAGGAGGCCGGCUUCCCACACCACUGCAGCGGUCAACAUGCAGAACCUGCAGGAGUUUAACCUUCUGAAGUACAGAGAUGGUGCAUCUCGUGAGGAGGUGCGACAGACAUAUCCUGACUCCCCCAGUGAUGAUUACAGUCUAGAUAUCCAGCAACAGGCUCUGUUACGACAACAGCAACGAACCAUCAACAGCCUGAGGAGGGGCAGAGCUGCUGAUUACUUUGACAUGGUGUCUGCAGGGCAGCGGCAUCAUGAGCAAAGGCUGAAUUCUGCAGAGGAUCCAGGCAGACACUUGCUGUUAGACUCAGAGAGCGCCUUUAUUAACCCCAGUGACGAUUCAUUCCUUCUACAAUCCCGGCGUGACCAAAGAGCCAGACCGGCAGUCAGGAAGGCAGACAUGUCUGAAGAUGUGGUAAACAGGUACACUCGACCUGACAGGAGUCCUGACAGCCAGUCUGUGCACUCGAUUACCAGCACAGAAAUAGAGUGGCUGAGAGAGCGCACAAAGAACAAGAUGACAUUGCUGAACAACAUGAGAGAACAUGAUUGGAGAUCAGGGGAAGGGUCCGCAGAGGAAGGGGUGGAGCUAUGGCCACAGGCUCCUCCUUCAACUGAUCGGCGUGUUUCCAUUGACACCCUUGCGACAGACCCCUGGUUACGUCCUAGUUCCUCUGAAACGCUGAAGAGAUUCGUGGGCGGUCGCAGACCAUCCAGCCAAACCCACAUUGGCCAGGACUGGGAAGGGCUGUCCACUUACCAUGGUUAAAUCUCAUUCAAGACGCAUGAAUUAUGAAUUCUUAUGCCAGUUUCACGAUUUAGCUAUUUUGUAUGGAACGAGUUGUAUACUUGAGGCCAAAGAUGAACAUGAACAAUUCAUUAGUUCAGUUUCUUUUGUUUCUGUCUGACUUUUGAUUGUUGUGAAUGAAAUAUUGCACUUAGAAAAUUCUGGAACACCUCCUGUAGCAUUAAGAGUCUGUUCACUCCAGUCAGAGAGUGCAGUCUGGGAAAUUCACUUUGAUGCUUCAUACUGUGACUUCGUAUGAAUGUGUUAACUGCAUGAAUUCUGUUUCUCAGGUGAGAGAUGCGAUUUGUUUUUCAUUUUUAUUGAUUGUUUUACAACACAUGAAUUGUAAUUAGGAAUUUGACAGUC